CGUAGACCGAAAGAUUGUAAGUGGGCAACUUCGCAUCUCAUCGGUGGGUGAAAGCCGAGUCACCCAAAACCCUAAUUUCUUCGACCUUCCUCUCUAGGCUUCGCCAUCGUUACGCGAAAAUGGCCGAUUCACCGCGCAGAAGGUAUUCACGGUCCCCUUCCCCUUUGAGAGCUCGAUCCAGGUCCCAAUCUAGGUCUAGACCCAGAUCAAGGUCCAGGUCCUGGUCUAGACCUAGGUCUAGGUCCAGAUCUAGAUCCUGGUCUAGGCCAAGGCCCAGAUCCCGGUCCAGAAGUCGUGGCAGAUCAAGGUCUAGAAGUCGUGGCAGGGCUGAGCCUGUAAACCCUGGAGAUACGCUUUAUGUAACUGGCCUCAGCCAAAGGGUCACAGAAAGGGAUCUUGAAGAGCACUUCUCUAAGGAGGGAAAGGUAGCAUCCUGUUUUCUUGUGAUGGAGCCUCGGACACGUGUCUCUCGGGGUUUUGCUUUUGUUACAAUGGAAACUGUUGAGGAUGCCAACCGUUGUGUGAAAUAUCUUAACCAAUCAGUUCUUGAAGGUCGAUAUAUUACUGUUGAGAAGUCUCGGAGAAAACGAGCAAGAACGCCUACACCAGGACAUUAUCUUGGGCUCAAAAGUACUAGAGACUUUGGUCAUCGUGGUGGUGAUCGUGGUAGAUAUCGUGGACGUGAUGAAUAUCGAAGAUCUCCAAGGCGCUCACCAUUUCGAGGGGGUCGCGAUUAUUCUCCAAGACACUCGCCCCAUGGUGGAAGGUCAAGGAGGGAGAGGUCCAGGUCACUUCCUUACUCUCCUAGCCCAGAAAGGAGGUACGUUCGUGGUUCUAGGUGAUACUUUUCAGUUUUUGGCAUCCUCGGUGGAGGGAAGACUUGGGAAGCAUGGGAACCCAAUUCUGGUAAAUGUAAUGCUUUAGUUUGUACUGGAGCUAAGCAGCUGUUCAUGUUUGGUUAGAAGACAUUGGAUGUUUUUGUUGUUUAAUAUCAUGUGUGUUGAUUGUGGCUCCCGGACCUUUUGUUUUAAGCCGUUGCCUCUGAAUUAAUAGGAUUUUUGUCUUUUGGUUGAUGA